AUGGCAGCGGGAGAGCUCCAAACGCGGUCAACCUCAAAGAUCUCGUCCCUAAUGAACCACAAGAAAGAGCCGAGCCGAGCAGCGCGGCUGAACCCGCGAAUCCUCCCCGACGAGGCGAUAACUCCAAGCGUGACAAGAGAGGUGAACCUGAAGAGCGACCCGAGCCGAGUGAUCUCCCUCGCCGAGGAGGAAACGGCAGGAAUCGAUAGACCCCACAACGAUCUGUUGGUGAUUGAGCUAACAAUCAGGGAUCAUGACGUAGCGAGUGUGCUCAUCGAUACUGGAAGCUCGGUGAAUGUCAUCUUCAGGGAGACACUCAGAAGGAUGGGGAUCGACCUCUCCGAAGUGGAAGCAAUCCCAAAACCUCUAACCGGAUUUUCAGGAGAAACGACGAUGACUAUGAGAACGAUCAGGCUCCCCGUGGUAGCUGGCGGAGUCACUAAGAUCGUUGAAUUCUGUGUUACCAAUCACCCGGCAAUCUACAAUGUCAUUAUGGGAACUCCAUGGAUCAACGGGAUGAGGGCGGUACCCUCCACCUAUCAUCUUUGCCUGGACAGCGAAAGAUAA